AUGGCGUCAAUAUUACGAUCCUUUUCGCUUCGCGCGACGACGAUGCUCAGCCCUGCGCGAGCGCUCAGCUCCGUCUUCACGUCCGUCCCGGCCAUGCGACCUAUGCUCGGUGGUGUGAUGGCGCAGGUGCAGCAGCAGACGAGGGGCAUGAAGGUGCACAGUUCGGUGAAGAAGAGGUGUGAACACUGCAAGGUUGUUCGGAGAAAGGGCGGCAAGCGACACAACGGGUACCUCUACAUCAUCUGCAAGUCGAAUCCGAGGCACAAGCAGAGGCAAGGCUGA